AUGUCCCCUUCCAAGGUCACAGUCCGCUCGGCCACGCCUUCAGACGUUGGCUCGAUCCUCUCUCUCAUCCACGAGCUCGCCAAGUACGAACGGGAACCAGCAUCAACCGUCGAAGCCACUGAGGACUCCUUACUCAACACCCUCCGCUUCACACCCCCCCACCCAACCUCCCAGAACCUCGCCUCCUGCCUAUUGGCUUUUGUCCCCUCCUCCCCCGAACCAGUCGGUUUUGCCCUCUACUUCACCAACUACUCAACCUGGCGUGGUCGUGGAGGCAUCUAUCUCGAGGACCUCUUUGUCAAGGAGUCUGCACGAGGACAGCGGAUCGGGAAGCGGCUCUUGGGCGAACUGGCAAGAGAGGUCGAAUUGAUGAAUGGAGGGCGGUUGGAAUGGUCAGUCUUGAAAUGGAAUGAGCCCAGCAUUCAGUUCUACCAGUCCUUGGGUGCGGUCGUGAUGGAUGAAUGGCAUACUAUGAGAGUCGAUGGCAAGGCACUUACAGAGCUUUCGAAGGUUGGCGAGGGCAUUGAAGGGAAGAGCACCACACUGUUGUAA